UGGAAGUUCCCAGCUGCUUGUGACUUCAGUCUGGCAGUGCUCCAUGCACGAUUUGGACAACGCCUGGGAACUAUACAUUGGGAACUGCAGGGAGACUGCACGGUCUUCUCGCGAUUUUCAUUCAAGCCGUUAUGUCCUGAUUAUCGCGAACUCGGUCUUUCUACCGUGGGCGCGUCUUCUUCUCAUCCAUUGGGAUCCGCAGCCGUUUGAUUCUCAGCCUGACCGCAAGAGUGCGGCCUCGACGAUUGAGUGGUGAUGUGCGUCUGUCCGAGGCCCCUUGCUGACCCGCUGCAUGGAGGCGACUUCUUUUGGGGUCCUCGUGCGAGCAUCUGCAUUCCAAGAUGCAGUUGUGUUCAGUGCGGCGGCCACCCCCUCCUGGCGCAGGUAAUUCCAAGCACCGCAGGGAGUUGCGGUCUGCCGAGCGAGGACUAUCUCCCACGAAAUCCAUUGUCCGACAACACGGGGCAGCGAAGCAAUGGAUUGCCGCCCUCAGGGCCCUCGGAUGUGCGCUGCGAGAGCGCGAGACCGUUGACGUUAUCACCUACAAUGCCGUCGUCAGCGCGUGCGGGAAGAGCAACCAGUGGCGACAGGCACUGUCGGUGCUCUGCGAGCUCCGCCGGGCUUCGUUGCGGCCACCUGUCAGCACCACCAAUGCCAUAAUCAGCGCGUGCGAGUGGCAGCGAGCGCUGUCGCUGCUGGACGGUCAGCUGGGGGACGUCGCGCUCGAGCCCACCGUGGUGAGCUACACCGCCGCCGUGAGCGUGUGCCAGAGGGCCGGGCAGUGGCAGCGAGCGUUGCUCGUUCUAGGCCGGCUUCGGCAGGCUGCGCUCGAGCCCGACGUCGUCUGCCUCAACGCCGCGAUCGGCGCGUGCGAGCAGAGUGGGCGGUGGCAGCGGGCGCUGUCGCUGCUCAGCGAGAUGCGGCAGCGGGCGCUGGCGCCGAGCGUCCGGAGCUUCGCCGCCGCGGUGAGCGCGUGCGAGAAGGGCAGGCAGUGGCAGCGGGCGCUGUCGCUGCUGAGGGAGCUGCGGCGGGCGGCGCUGGAUCCCAACGUCAUCUCAGCUACAAUGCUGGGAUCAGCGCGUGCGAAAAGUGCGGGCAGUGGCAGCGGGCCCUGGUGCUGCUGAGCGAAAUGUGGCAGGGGGAGUUGACGCCCGACGUUGUCAGCUGCAGUGCCGCCAUCAGCGCGUGCGAGAAGAGCAAGCGUUGGCUGCAGGCCCUGUGGCUGUUCGGCGAGAUGUGGCGUGGGGUGCUCAAGCCAGACAUCACCCUUUCCCCAGGUCAUCUACAGUGCCGCGAUCAGCGCGUGCGAGAAAGGAGAGCAGUGGCAGAGGGCGCUAUCGCUACUCGGCGAGUUGGAGCUGGCAUCGCUUGAGCCAAAUACUAUUAGCUACAGCGCCGCAGUCAGCGCAUGCGAGAAGGGCUCGCAGUGGCAGCAGGCUUUGGAGCUGCUCGCGGAGAUGGGGCCAGCAAAGCUCGAGCCAAACAUCCUACAGCGCCGCUAUCAGCGCGUGCGAGAAGGGCGGGUAGUGCUCUCGGUGCUUCCCUUAACGUGCUGCCCGGCGCUGGCCCGGCAGUGGCCCAUCGUCGCUGGCGCCUGUCGCAACCAGGGGUGGCGCGAGGGCGGCGGUCUUCCAAGAAGGUGGAGUGGGG